AUGGUUAAAUUUGUUCGGGAGUCAUUAUGCGAAGUAUGUGUUGCUUGCGUAGAGCUGUUGAUCGGCUCCAACAGUGACAGCGCCAACUUGUUCACGAAGGAACAGGCGGCUUCCGCGCUUCAAUCCAGUUGGGCGGAGGUAAUCCCAUGCUCCAUGCCAGUUGUUGAAAGAUGCCAUAAUGCUGGAAACCACGCUGUAUGGAUAGCCGAAGGAGUUGACGACGAAUGGAACAGCAGCGUGGAUGAACUUGUGGACAUCCUUGGCAGCCUUGACCUUUGA